UUCGCAUAAACAAUUCCGCAAAAUACACAUUGGAUUUUAUCGUUUCGGUCGACAAAAUAUAAGCCAUUCCAUAAGUCGUAAGCAAACCGUUGAAGCAGUCAGUACAACUAUCAUUGCAGCAAUUAUUUAAACAAAAAUGAAAGUUCUUUAUGUACUACUGUGCUGUGCGUUUUUAAAUGUAAUCGCCCAUAUUGAUUACGAAUUCGUUGAAGAAUCCGAAAUGAUAGCCCAAAUAGAAAGAGAGGCCGAAUUAAAUGCAAGAAAAAGGCUUGAAACUACAAACAUACUCAUUCGGGAACAUAUUGAUAGAAACACCAUUGUGGGCAAAAUAAUAGAAGUUGUUGAAAAUGAGGUCUUAAUGGAGAAAUUGACUUUUAUGUUUGCACUACCUGAACAAGACUAUCAACAAGACUGUCAUCUCCAAGACUUAAUGGAGCUUAAUCUGCAACUGGUAAUGGUCGAAGGCUCAGGCUUAACUAAGGUCCGGGCUGAAGCUCUUGGUAAUUCGACAGUCCUAGUGGUGCAAAAAGUAUCAAUGCUCUUGGAGCUGAGCGAAGAGCUAUGUUAA